UGAACUGGCGGUGGUUGCUUUGAGUAUCGUUUUUUCCCUCCCCUUCUGACUUUCAACACCAAAGUGAAUCCUCCAUCAAAGAACCACUUCAAUUAUAAAGCAGCGGACUCAACAUGUUUCAGCCACGAGUUGUGUACGAUUAUCGGCAACCUGAAGACAAUUCAUACGAGGGUGUCAACCAAGAAAUAACACGCUGGAAUUUUAGACUGUUUCUGCAUAUUUGCUGUCUUUUAUCCAUAUGCUUUGUUAGCGGAGUACUGUCAAUCUUGAAAUGCCAUAGCAAACCAGAUCUAGUCGUAUGGUUUCAUUCUAUUUGCUAUAUUUUGUGGCUCAUGUCUUUUAUUAAUUUGCAAAUCCAAGACGUUUCUUCAAAGUUUCUACCACGGGAAAAGCAAGAAGAACAAAGAAGAGGACGGGACUGAUGAGAAAAACAAAGAUUUGAAUGGCAGCAGUAUCUGUCAAAUAAUAGUAAACGUUCGUCCUAAGUCUCACCCUCAGGAAAGUCAAUCUUUACCUGAAUAUCCUAGGACGAUAGGAAAAAGCGACUCAAAAAUGAUCGUUUUCGCGUCUACUCGUGAGGUUACCAACCGAGUCUUCUUUUUGUUCUCAAAUACAGUCCACAGCUACAUGAAAACCGCCCUAAAAGUAGCAUACAUAAUUUAAUAACUAAAAGCAUCAAAAACAAAAAAGUCGUCGCUAGAGUUUUCUACUGCAUGCAAUCUGGUUUUCCCAUAUAGUACAUAUAUAUCGAAUUUGGGGCGUUUAUUUUAUCAAUCAAGGAGCUUUCCCAUCAGUUUGUCACGAAAUCAUCUAGGAUAAUGAGCUCGCGUAUAUACACCUUCCACGACAUUUGUCUUCAACGAUUCAAUUCCAUGCGCUUAAGGAUUCUUGGAUUGUCCCCCUCCUAUAGACCCAGUCGAGUUUCUAUAAUUAUAAACUUAAUCUUUUAUAAAGUAUAUACGACCCUAAAGAGUAUAUUGCUUUAUGGACUAACGCAAACAAAGAAGGAAGGAAUAAACGGAGAAAUUAAAUUCUGACGAUUGGUAAAAUACAUACAUUCAUGAAUUACAGUGAGCCUAAAUAAAGGCUACAUACCCUAACUGUUCCUAAAACUUCAGUUAGGAAGAAUUUGCUGGCAGAGCUAAUAGAUUUGCUUUACUUCAUUGGUUUUGCCAGAAACGUUUUAGGUAUAUCUCUCCAGACGUUUAGUAAUAAGUUGUUAAUCAAAUUCAACACCGAAGCAAUUAACCUAUUCUAUCCCACUUAUAUCAAAUUUUUUUUACCGAUAUAAUGUCGCUACUAUUUUUUAGGCUACAAUUUAGGUCGCAGAAUCGUUGGUAUGAUAUUGACAAGCAAAAUGUCACUUACAUUUGUACCAACCUUCGUUUCACAUUCAUUCACUAAUUCGGUAUUGAAAAAUGAAGUAUGGAUAAGACAAUUUACAAAAGCCAUGGGGAUUAGUGCUCACAGAAUGAAGACGGCAGUAGCGGUCACUGGAACAUGAACGACGACGCAAUCAUAUUUCCACAACUUUGACUGAUUUCUUGAGACGCAUUGACCAUAAAUACUUUAUGUACUAUGAGAACUUAUACUUUAUCGGUUAUUUUGUUGUUUUAUCGUCCUUUUGGUAUUUCUGUUCAUUUUUUCUUCACAAAUGUGACCUUCCAGGUAACAUUUUUCAUGUAACAUAAUCUUUGAUUGUCUCAUUCUCUAGGAAAAUUGUAAAAUAUGCAAACAUGCUUUCCUACUUUGAUUUCUUUUAUAAAAAAGAAAUGAAAAGAAAAGAGACGAGAAGAGAAAGGAUUAUGGUGAUGGUUUUACAACUUUUCAGCGAUGCGUCUUGCAUUAUGUUUCCUGGGUGGGAUAUAUAUAUUCAUUGUUUGACGGAUAUAUAAAUCGAAAAUAACCUUUUUGGUACCUUUACUGCAGUGUUCACGUUCCCUGGGUGAAUAACAAACAAGCAUAGUCAUAAGUUAUAAAAGCACAAUCAUAUUCGCUCCCUCCAAUGUAGUAUUGGAUAUUUGAAGUAGCCUUAGAUGAGUAUCUUAUACUGAAAUCCUCUUGGUUUGGCAAAAGCUUUGGGUUCCUUCUAAAAUGUUGUACAAACUUAUAAUACAAAAGUUCCUUGCGAAAGGAAAGCCAUAUCGGUCCUUUCAUUACUUUGUUCGUUUAUUAGCAAAGGUAAAUUAGCUCCAUGCCAUAUUGGUUUUACUAUUUUGCAAAUAAUCUACUCUGGAAUAAUAAACAGACAACAAUUUAUAAGAGGAAGAAAAGUAAGGAAUUCCUUUAAACAAAC